AUGGCUUCCAUGUUUUCUACUGAUCAAAACAGUACCAGCUUGAACCCAGAAGCACCUGAGUUCUUUCCUCAUAAUUACCUUACGAUCAACCUUAAAAACGAUAUGGUUGCACGUAAUUCACAUGAUGAUUUUGUUAACUAUAGCCAUCAAUAUCUCCCAAAUUCUCCAUUUCUUUCUGCAAUAAAUCAGAACCCAUCUUCGUAUUACUGCUAUUACUAUACCUCAGGGCCAUCUCAUCCUUAUCCCUACUAUACUGACAUUGAUUAUCAACAUCCUAGCAAUGCACAGUACUGUGUUACAUAUUCUCACGACCAUGAUCUCUUGGCCUCUACAGUAAUGACCAAGCCGAGCCCUAUCUCGGCUGUCUCUGCGCAGACGCAAAUGGUGCAAACCCAAGAUGAGCCCAAAUUGGACAUGCAACAGGUGUUGACUGCAAGGGUUAGCACAGGAAGUAAAAAGAGAGGAGAGUGUAGCAGAUAUUUAAAUGGUUCGUUUAAAGGGAGCGAAGGAAGAUAUAGAGGGCAUGAAAAGAAACAAGCCAAGAAGGAAUAUUUCAGAGCCAGGUCUAAUGGAAGUAAUAGAAAUUCUGGGCAGAAGCAUCCUGUGCUCCCUCAUGGCCAAGAUACCACAGUUAUGAUCAGGAACAUCCCCAAUAAAUACACCCGUGAAAUGUUGAUGGAAUUCCUUGACAGCCAUUGCAUGAUGGAGAAUGAAAAAGCAAAGCUUCAAAAUUCUGACUCUACCAAGGAGACACUUGUGUCAGCUUUCGAUUUCCUGUAUCUGCCUAUUGACUUUAGAGGAGGGGCCAACAAAGGCUAUGCAUUUGUCAACUUCACAGAUGCAAGAGCUGCGUGGAAGUUUUACCUUUCCACCAACUAUCAAGCAUGGGACGUUUUCCAGUCCCUCAAGAUACGUGAAAUAACCUGUGCUAGGCUCCAGGGCAAGGAACAGCUAGUCAGGCAUCUUGGGAAUUCAACUUUUCAAUGCGACUCUGAUGAGUAUUUACCAGUAUGCUUCAGCCCAGCCAGGGAUGGUUCAAGGAGAAGGGUGGAGCAGAAGACGAUAGAGAGUGCUAUAAAAGACUUCUUCAAAUGA